AUGGCGCCAUCAGCUCUCGAGCCUCGCAGACGGAACGAGGUUAUCAUAACCAGGGAAGAGGCCAUGAAGCGGCGAGUACGCAAGGGAUACGCGUUGGAGCCUGUAGUUCCGGCGACCGACGUAAACAGCAAGGGUUUUGAGAAGCUAGAUAGUUUAGAUAGUCGAAGGAGAAAGUCCACAGGGAGCGUUAGCGCUGUCAAGACUUUACCAGAUGCACCGCCUGCCGCCGAUUUCCCAGCAGUUCCCGUUGCUGCCCAGCCCAGCUUCUCAGAAGAAUCACUCAAACGGAAGGUUCCAGUUUCCAACGGCGGAGGUCAUGAGGUUGAUCGAGCCAGGGCAGCGGAUAGGAGAGGCAGCAGAGAGAGCAGUAGAGAUGGAGGCACAGGCACCGGUCCUGCUGGGUGGACACGUGGCGAAAGGAGAGGCCUGCGGAGAAAGCUCCGAGAUGAGCUGGAGCAGCUGCAGGGGUUAAGUGGGAAAGUGGAAGCCAGGGAGGGAGUGUUACGACGCGAGGAGCUGUCAGGGAAGGGUGCGGAGAGCCGGAAGCGGAUGAGGCGUUCCGAGAACGGUACGAUUGUGUCUCACUCGGUGGAAUCCGAGUCGAUGGACGCCUCGCCUGUCGCUGUAGCCGCUCCGCUCGUUCCUGCGCCCCAAGUGCGAAUACAGGUUUCGGAAACGGAGCCUUCAGGCAAGGAGAAGGUGGUCCCUGCAACAACGCCGGAACUGGAUGUGAAACGGCAGAGAAUUGAAGCUGCUAGAGCAAAGCGAUUGAACGACAUUUUCAAGCUGUAUACGACACUGCUGAAACGACUGAUGUCGCAUAAGUACGGAUGGGUGUUCAAAGAGCCUGUUGAUGCGGUGAAGCUCGGUUUACACGAUUACCACACGGUGAUCAAGAAUCCGAUGGACCUGGGUACGAUUACCGCGAAAAUCAAGGCGUCGGGUUACCAUCAUCCAGACGAAAUUUACAGCGACGUGCAGCUGGUUUGGUCGAACGCUAUGCGGUAUAACGGGGAAGGCAGUGACGUGUAUAUCAUGACGGUGGAACUGAAGGGCCUGUUUGAGCAAGGGUACAGGAAAAUCAGACUGAAGGUGGAAGAAGAUGCUGCGAAACGCAGGCAGGAAGACGAAGAGCUGAUGGAGGACGUGAAGGGAGCUAAGGCAGCUAGGGAGAUUAGCGACAGCCGUGAGAAGCCAGAGGUUCAAGAGCUGGAGAAGCGGUUGCAGAAGCUAGAGUCGCAGAUGCAGGUCAGUGGGAAGGCGACGGGCCAAGCAGCAGCGCAGGUUCAGGCGAAGGGGAAGCCUUCCCUGAGGGACAUGACGUUUGCGGAGAAGCAGAAGCUGAGUGUAAACCUGGGGAAGCUUCCUCCGGAGAAUCUGGAUCGGAUCGUGCAGAUCAUAUCGGAGCGCAAUCCUGAUCUGAGUCAGAACGCGGAUGAGAUCGAGCUUGACAUUGACUCACUGGAUAAUGAGACGCUGUGGGAGCUGGAGAGAUACGUCGCCAACUGCAUGAAGAGCAAGAGCAAGCGGAAACGCGCUCUGCUGCAGCAGAAGCAUUCGGUGCCUUCGUCCAAGGUUUGUGUGGUGGUGCAUGGUUUAAAAUUUCAGGGCUAUAUGUUUAGCUUCUCUGUGCUGCGGGUUUCGCAUUGA